AUAUAGAGAUGCCCUUCAUUCUCCCACAAUGCAACAUCCGAAUUCCUUCCUUUGAUGCUGCACCGUCGCAUCGCAUAUACGUCAUCUAAACACUAGAAGUUUGGUUGUGUGGUUGGUGCUCGCAAAACUUUAAACAUCAAUGGCUCAACAAGUUGCUCCAGUACCCAACGGAACUAUUCCAGUAAUGUCAGGAGUUCAACCUACUAUUGUUUAUCAGCAACAACCCGUUGUAAUGGCAGCGCCCCAACAAACUUAUAUCCCAAGAAAGCCUUUUUCGAGGAAUCCACAAGAAGAACAAUGCAAAAUAUUUGUUGGUGGAGUUGGAAAGAACACAACAGAAGAAUCACUGCGAGCAUACUUUGGUAAAUUUGGUGAAAUUGCUGACAGUGUUAUUAUGAAAGAUAAACAAACAGGAGAACCAAGGGGAUUUGCAUUUGUCACUUUCAAGUCACCUGAAGGUGUGCAAGGUGUUGUUGAUCAUUGCAAGAGUGGGGUUCAUACCUUAGAUGGCAAAGUUGUUGAUCCAAAACCUGCUGUACCACAAGGACCAGCUCAGCAAAACAGACUACAAGCUCUUUACGACGCGGAAAAAACAAGUCAAGUUCCAGUGUCAGGAAAUCAGCAGUUUAAAGGGCCAAUGAAGAUUGCUCCAGAGCUUAAAAUCUUUGUAGGAGGAAUUGGUAUUGGAACAACUGAAGAUGAUGUGCGGAACUAUUUUUCAACAUUUGGACCGGUAAUUGGAGUUGAUAUGCCUCGUGAUUACAACACACAAAAUCCUCGAGGCUUUGCUUUUGUUGGCUUCGAAACUUUUGAUUCUGUUGCUGCUGUGACGAAAGAUCGAUAUCAUCAGAUCAAUGGAAAAACGGUUGAAGUAAAGGGAACCGAUGAACAACAGGCUCAUCUUAACAAGAAACGACUAGAAGGUUACAGUCGUGGUAAUGGAAGAAUGAAUGGAGCACAAGUACAGCCGGGUACCAUAGCUACUGUGUCUGGUUACGGCACGUAUGCUUCUCCUCAAGUGAUCAUUCCACAAGGUGCUGCUGGUGUACCGCAAUAUGCAGUUCAAAUGCCAGCUGCUGCCGCUGGGGGAGGAUAUGUGUUUGAUCCAGCAACUAACACCUACUAUCAACUCCCUGUUAUGGCAGGUGCAGGUGGACUCGCCUUGGGUGGCGCUGCGGGCGUAGUAACUUCCAUGGGUGCAAAUCAAUACGCUGGAAUGACGCUGAUUGGAGGAGCCGGCGGACAACAAAUUUUAACAUCGCCUCAAGUUCAACGGCCAGGUAUUGUGACGUCAGAUAUGUUAGCUGCAAAUGGUGCACUAGCCAUAGGCACCGCGUACGCCAGUGAGACAUCGACUUUUGGACCGACACGUACACACUUACUUGGUGCAGGACAACAACCGAUAGCUGGUUCUGCAGAUCCUCAUGUUGUGUAUUCAACCGCCACAUCCAUCUCUGCCGGCGAUGCCGCUAUAUCUACACCACGAGGAUAUCACCCAUACGGAAGAUAACCCACCCAAGAUAAUGCGCAAGAUUAUGUGUGUAUCAGAGGAAAACAAAAAAUCAAACUAAUAUUAUUUCACAUGCUUCAGACAAGAAGAGCAAGCAAGAUGAAGUUUAAUUUGAAUUUUUAUUUAAGUUUUAUAUCAGGAAAACUAGCUUUUAAUUUUGCUUUUUGUAAAUACAAGACAAAAGCUUUAUAAUUUUUUAAGUAAA